AUGGAAUCAAUGUCGGUUAGAUUAAAUUCUUAGUAGAUGCUUUUGGUUACAGCCUUCGAACAAGGAGCAAACGCGGUUGAAUCAUAAUUCGAGCCACAAGGAGCAACGAAGGCAGAAGGAUGCUUCGUCGAGCAGCACCUAUAGUGCUUUCCGUCAGUGGCGAAGGGGCACGUCUAUGGGCUCGAAUCGGUCGAACAGUGUCGGAUCGAGCUCGACCGGGGCCCUCGUCAAGUUGCCCAAUGAUUCAGCGACCAUGCAAAAAUUGGAACAAUUCCCACUGGUUCUUUCCGAUACCACUAUGCCAGAGGAGGAUCUUUCGCUGAAGUAUCUAGCACUGAACGCUUUGGACUUGACAGCUCCAGCCAGCGACGUUUUAUUAAAAAAUAGAUUAAAAUCUUGGUUUCAAUUAUCCGGACAUCCGGAUGGUUUUGCUCCGGCUGGGCCUGGAACAGUUUGGAAAAGAAAAACCGGAGGUGCAGAAAACACGGAAAGAAUCGUUUACGAAGCCCUGAGCAAAGACAACGAACUACGGGAUUGCAUUCCGAGAUAUUAUCGCGAGGUGGAGUACAAAGGUGACACGUUCAUCGAACUGCAAGAUUUACUGUUUGGUUUUAACGAUCCGCAUGUCAUGGACAUCAAAAUGGGCACGAGAACGUUCCUCGAAUCGGAGGUGUCGAAGACGACCGCCAGAUCGGAUCUGUAUCAGAAGAUGAUCGCCGUUGAUCCGAACGCCCCGACCGAGCAGGAGCACGAGAAACGCGCUGUCACUAAAUUGCGGUACAUGCAGUUCCGCGAGCAACAGAGCUCGACCUGUAGUCACGGAUUUCGAAUCGAGGCUAUGAAAUUACCGGGUGGUCCGCCGAUCACCGAUCUGAAGCGAGUGAAGUCGCAUCAGGAAGUGCUCGACACUAUGAAACUGUUUCUGGGAACGUGCGAGACCACUCGUGAGAAGCUGCUUGCACGCCUGAAAAAUCUUCGUUCGAAGAUCGAGAUGUCCGAGUACUUUCAAACUCACGAGAUAAUUGGCAGUAGUAUUUUCAUGAUCUACGACAAUGAUAAAGUUGGCGUUUGGUUAAUUGACUUCGCCAAAACACGUGGGUUGCCAAACGGACACCGAGUAACACACAGGAAACCAUGGGAACAAGGCAACCACGAGGAAGGUUUUCUGUUUGGCCUCGAUAAUCUUAUUUCUACGAUAGAAGAAGUAAAUCUAUCAAAUUCGUAG